AUGGAGGACUGCCGUCCGAUAGCAACGCCAAUGGAGAAUCGACUAAAACUUGCGAAAAGAGAGGAAUCGAAACGAACCAUGCUUCCAUAUCGUGAAUUAGUAGGCUGUAUUAUGUACGUGUCGCUUACUUCAAGGCCAGAUUUGGCUGCCGCUGUAAAUUACUUCAGCCAAUUUCAGGCCUGUCCGAAUGAUGAACAUUGGGUACAUCUGCGUCGAAUUCUUCGAUAUGUGAAAGCUACGUUGGAGCUAGGGUUGAUGUAUCAAGGAGGAACCGAUAGGCCAUUGUUGGAAGUCUUUACGGAUGUUGAUUGGGCAAGCGAUAUAGUAGAUCGGCGAUCUGUAUCUGGAGCUGUCUUCAAAGUGUUUGGGACAACUGUGAGCUGGAUGGCUAGGAAACACGCAACGGUAUCCUUGUCGUCAACGGAAGCCGAGCUAGUGGCUCUUUGUGCUGAGGCUUGUCAUUUGGGACUCCUGGAUUUGGGACUGUCUAACAAUGGACCGGUUCCAUAUCACGAGGAUAACCAGUCAACAAUUAAAAUAGUUUCGAACUCCAAGGAUCCAGGUCGUUAG